AUGACGGACAGCGUCUUGUUAACGACUACCGAGGUCUUUGUCACAGAGGAAACUGUUUGGGUGACGGCGCCUCUUACAACACAUUUGUCUACUACGAACUCCGGGAUUGCCUCAAUUUCCACCCCUACGACUUUGAGCACGGACACUGUUCCAAACAGUGUCUUGUUAACUACUACUGAGAUUUUUGUCACAGAGGAAACUAUUUGGGUAACAGCAUCUCCUGCAACACAAUCACCUACCACGAGCUCCGAGGCUGCCUCAAUUCCUACGGCUUUGAGCACGGACGAGGCAAGCACAUCCAGCGUUCUGAUAUCCAGUCCCAGUUCCUCGCCUGCUGUUGUGUCGAGCUCGUCACAAAGCAGCAGUGUUAGCACAGCUGUAACGCUUAUCCCUGGCAAUGUCACAUCUACGGUAACGAAUUACAUAUCAGAGCAUGGAAGCACACGCACAGAAAUUAGCACACUGACUGCCGCAACAAGUGUUGCACGCUCCCGUUCAUCAUCGUCAUCUGUCUUUUCUUCAAGUCCGGGCAGCAGCACAAAUACUCCUGCGACCACAGCUACUGCCAGUGCAACAACCUCUUCCAACGUGGUAGCCGCUUCUAGCACUACAAAUAUGCCCGGCACACCAGCUACUUCUGGCACAACCACCACCUCCUCCUCGCUGCCUAUUUCCUCGGUGGUCAGUGUUGUGUCGGAAACCGUAACAUACCCGAUCACGAAUUUUAUCCCAGAAAAUGGCUCGACCAGAACCGAAACAAGCAUUGUCACAGCGGUAACCUCCUCCACAGUCUCUAGGGUGGUCACCUCGACUGUUGAGUCAGGAGCUCUCACCUCUACCGCUAGCAAAACGGCGCCCACCAGCACUGCACUAAACGCAUCCUCGUCUUCUGCUAACUCCACAACCUCUAUAUCAAAUAGCCUGGCGUCCACCAGGACUGUUUCAAAUCUACCCGAAUCGUCUUCUGCUACCUCUACGGCCUCUCUGUCCAGCCUCUUGACUGGCCCCGGUAGUAGUUCCGUCACAACGACUUCUGCCACAAGAGGCUCGACCACUCAGUCCAUAAACUCAUCCAUAGCAUCCACUACGUCCUCGAAUGCUGUCGCUCAAUCUUCUAGCACUUCACAAGAUGUCUCUACAGACGAAGAUGGCGUCACGUGGGAAAACGUGUCCACUACAGGCUGGGUUACAGAAACCGGCGUCAAUAGUGCAGGAAUGACUAUUACUGAGAGUCAUAUGACAACGUAUUUCGUGCCAUCUGCAGUUAGUUCUACUGGGAAGGCCACCAUUACGGCCCAGCCUGGAGUUACAUCCUAUUUCGAUUCACCAGCGUCCACCACAACAGCCUCAAGCUGUAGCAUUACAGAGAAUUUCAAUCCCUUUCUUCACACUUCGUCCUGUUCUGUGGCAGCCAGGUGGGCAUCCACCACACGUACCUAUGACCCUUGGUGCGCCACCAACUCUGCGAGUUCAACCUGCCUCUGUCCCGUGUGCACUGUGCCUCUAUUCCAGUGCUUGAACGGUGACCUACCCAAGCCAGGUGCUUGUGCUAGUGGUUUCGCUUGCCCGCAUGCCGAGGGUUCAAGUUUGAUAUUUGAUUGGCACUCGAAGCAGAAUUACGCAUUCCCCUCCUGUGUGACAACAUGGAAUGCAUAUACCACAUGUAUUACGGCGUCAGGCGGGAAGAGCUGCAGUAAUGUUGUAUGGCAGCCUAGUUUAACAAGCUCUAUCAGCAAAGAUUCUUCCGGUAUCACUUGGGUUAUGCCUUACAGGAUUUGGGACUGUCCUGAUGCGCUAUGCCAAGAAAAGACCUUCGAAAAGCCAGAGCCAUGGAAGUGGGCAGACGCACUGCUUCAUUGUGUUUUCAACGAGCACUGGGCCUGCAUCGACUGGUUCUUCAAAGGUUUUCCUCCAGCCCCGAAGAUCAAUGUGUUUCCGCCAAUAGGUCCGCCUGAGCUCGACUGGCAGUUGUCUCCAACCCCUAUCAGUGUCGGUGACGAUGGCAAGACCACACCGAUAACGACACCAGUGUCCACCCUAGCCUCUCAGCAAAUGUCCUCGAGGUCCACGAGCUCGUGCUCGGAGUCGACAUUUGCAUGGACAAGUGUACAAUGCUCGCAGAUUACGUCCGCGAGCUUUACUACAUCAUCCUGUUCUUCUGUGACCUCCACUUCCGUCGGUUGUAUGGGCUCAAGUGGUAUCACUACAUCGUUCACAUCAUGUCAACCGAGUCAGGUCCCGGUCGUCACGCUAGCGUGUCCACCGGCUAAUAUCACGGACGCAUCAGCUCAAUGCUCUACCAACACCACUUCUUCAACCACAGCAUGUGCCCCUGUGACUGUUACGACCAUAGCAGCAGCCUGUCCAAUUUCGAUCAGCUUUGAUGACCCUGCUAUAGCAUCUACAUUGAGUGCAUGGCUUUCAGACUUUCAGUUUACCGCGGUGGAUACCAGUGCCUCAACCUCCACGAACGCAUUCGCUACUUCUACGACCAAGUCUACAAGCAGUACUACUCAGACAUCACUGAUCACUGGAGUGCCCGCUGCAAUAUCAAACUCGGCGUGGUCUAUCAUAGCUUCUGCCGCCAGCGCCUACAGCACUACCACGGCGCCCUCCACGACGUCGACUUUGUCCUCGACAUCCAAGAGAACCACUUCUAGUCCGUCAUCAUUGUCAUCAACAACAUCAUCAACGACAACAACCCUGCCCCCCUUCAUACCGGACCCUUCAUAUGGUGCCGCCCUGUCUUCUUGGAUCUCGUCAGAGUCUGUAUCCCGUGCUCAAUCUGUGAGUACUGCGGCCGCUGCGGAGGCAGCUGCGACAGCGUCCUCCUUGGCCUUCGGGUUGCCAAGUACCGGCGCUGGUUGGCUUAGUUGGUAUGGCAUAGGGCUUACCUUUUGUGCUGAGCUGACCUCAGAUUGGACCAAACGUUGGAUACGGGUCGAAGAUUAUGAUCCUCUCAGCCGUGAGGAUGGUAGCAUUGGUAGCAUGAUUACAGCAACCUGCAACCACUUGAGGCAACAUACCUUCGACCCACACAAGGGUUUUCAUUACGACUGGACCCCUGAACAGGCACCAUCCGUCGCGGCAGCUGGGUUUAACGUCACUUUUUCAGUCCAGUGGAACCUGGACCUUUACUGUGGGGAUCCCGAUAUCUGCUGUCCUGCAGAGAACGAGGUCGAUCCCGAUGCUAAGCACACUCAAUGUCCACCUCCGACCGAUGGUCGUGUGGCUGAUUACUACUGGGGAGAAGAUAACACUGAGUACGAUAUUUGCUACAUCAACUUCUUGAACACUCUUGGUACUACAUGUCACGACGACACUGGGGGGUGGUUCACAGGCGGUUGGCUUUAUGCCAAUUCCUUUGUCUACUCCAUCAUGUCGCAUACCCAUUCACCAACCUGGUAUACUCCACUGCAGGGCGAUGGUUCCGAGAUCAUAGCAUUGGAACCAGCCAAGUGGAAGUCAGAAUAG